GUGGUGAUGGUGGUGGUGGUGAUUGUGGUGCCUCUGGUGCUGGCAGCCCUGGGGGCGUCCGGGCUGGUUGUCGCUACACCUGUAACUCUAACCGGCGCGCAACCCACAGUCCACAGCAACCUUCAAUGUCGGGCAAUCGGACUCGGACUCGUCGGAGUGGAAUUGGUUGUGAUGCCGGUGAUGCCCCUGACGCGAGUACAGACGGUUAUCGAUCGUAAAGCCAAGAGAUCUUUGAGUGACGGAGAAGGCUUGCGCUCUGGGGGUUGCAUAUGCCAAGGCUGGGACAGUCCGGCGACAGUGGACAGAACAGUGACAACGACGGGCUGGACAACGCCUGGAAGUUCGGCUGGAAGUUGAUGGGUGCUUGGCUUGCCAAGAGAUGUCGACGAAAGGGUGGACGAGGGUGGAGGUUCGGUUGAGGAGAAG